CGGCGCGCCGAGGCAGCCCCAGGCCCCGGCCCAGCAGCCCCCCCGGCUCUCGCCCCGGGGCGAUUGUUCCCUUUCUCGCCCCCCCCCGAGGUGAGUCUCUCGGCACGGUGAGGGGCUUCGGUCGGCAGCGCCGCGCUCGGGGGAACGCGGUCCUUUCGGCGCUGCCGGGCGGCGGCUGCCCUGUGGAAACGCCUCCUGGAAUGAGGGGUUCGUUUAGGUCACGAUGUAUCUAUUUGCUUGUUUGGGUGGGGAUGCCCUUCUGCCAGAGAGCGGCUCCUCCGCUCUGAGAGUGCGGAUGCAGUGGGUUUUCCCCGCUGCUGGUGCAAUGGAGUCGGCUGGAGCUCCUGUACGGCUCGAGCAAGGGGAAAGGGAGGAGGGGGUGUUGCCUCGGUCGGGACAAGCUCUCUUUUGUGCACGCGUGGAUGAGCGAGACACCUAGGGAGUCUUUUUCCAGAUGUGCUCAAGAGAAGAAUCUGAGGCUCUUUGUGCAUGAAAUUUGUUUAAUAGAUGAGCUUCUGUCUCUCUGGGAGUACCUUGAGAAAGUGACGGCGGAACUGCUUGCAAAUUCGUAGAAUUUCCUAACGUUUUAAAUAUGUUUGCAUAGCUUCUUGGAGUUCUUUUUCCCUCUGCACAGGGAGGAGGAGGCAAGGCCAACAUAUGUGGAAAAAGCUCGCAGCUCCCCUUCCCCCAUCCUGCUUUUCUGCAGGCUCUGUCUUGUGGCUUGCGGAGCUGGUAGGACUUUGCUCUGUGAAAAUUUGCAGUUUGGGGGCAGGUGGGGAGAACUUUCUGGAAUCAACCUGUAUGAGAAGGUGAAAAGAAGCAUGACUCCCACAUCUUGUUUGCUUUAUGGUCCAUGUUAGGUUUUUUUUUGGUUGUUUUUUUUGUGUUUUUUUUUUUUUGCUAUGGCUCUCGUUCUGCUCCCUCCCCCCUUCAUCUAGAGGGAAGUUGGCAAACAGAGGAAAUACAGAUGCAGUGUGUCAGACCACAGUGUUGAAACAGCUUUUACUGUGUGCCCCAAGACAAACUGCUUUCUUUCUACCAGCUGAGGUGGCAAAUGGCAUUCUGCUCUUUCCCUCUGUGUUCUUUCUUUUUUCGCUGCCCAGGGAAGGGAGCUUGGCUCCUGAAAGUUGUCUUGAGGCCAAAGAACUUGGAGCCAUGUGCAUGUCUAACAGCUGGCAGAUCUGUCACAGAACCUCUGGGAGGUGACCUUGCUGCUGAGGGGGAUGCUGCUUGGUCCUACAGUUCCUUGCUCUGCAAGUGUGUGUGAGGCAACUGAGCAUUCUCACUGCAUCCUUUGGGGGAUGUCUUUCUUCACAGGUCCACCUGAGUCAUCUAACUGCUGUUAUCAGCAGGCGGAAAACCUCUCACCUCAGGGACACGUGAGGAGUUGAGAUUAGAUCUGCUGGUUUGACACUCCCUCUUCCAAUUGCUUUUACAAACAGUGCCACAGGACUCGCGUUCUUGAUAGGGUUCAGAUGGUACUGACAGCAGUGUGGAGCAGGGGGGCAAAGCAAGGCCAGCCUUUCUCAGCCCGUCUGGUCUGUGUGGGGGCAGACAGAUAAACAGAAGUGAGGAUGAGCAGGGGCAGCUGCUGGAUAUAGACAGCUCUGAGAAGAAAGGGCCUUAAAUGUGACGCUGCAUACUGGGAAAUGGGCUGCUUUGGGUUCAGUGAGAUAGCAGCUGCUGACAGUGAUGCCAACACAUUUUAUGAAGUGGAGGAUGCGUCGCUGCUGGCUGACCUCAGUACAAACAGACAUUAGAAAUUACUUUCUGACUGUGGUGUUCUGCUCCUAAGAGCCUAUUCUGGUAGGACUAUAGCAGGAAAUUCAUUACACUGUAACAAAACAGUGGAGCACAAGACAGUCUAAGUGCCUCUAUCAGCAAAAGUGUCUAAAAAAACGCUUGGAGGUCUCUGACAAAUUCAGUACUCUGUAGAAGCUGUAGACUGGGUAAUCUGUCCCUUCUAACUUGCUGGCUCUCAGCAGUGUGAGGGAUCAGCAACAGACCUUGCUGAUUGCUUUUCUGCCUUGGCCCUUUCCCAUGUAGAACCAUAUGGGGCAUGCUCUGCUCAGCUCUUUGUCUGCUGCUCACUGUUUUUUGAGGAGCCCAGAGCUGUUUGUCAAAGUGCAUGCAACUUGUCAACCCUGUGCAAAGGAAAAAAAGUGCAGAAGCAUAGACUUACUGUUUGUCUAUGUUAUUGUGUGUUUGUAAGCUGUUAAAAGGUCCGUCUUACCAGAUGGGACUGAACCACAGCAGCAUGUAGAACUGAGCACGCAGCUCUCAGCAGCAGCCAUGGGUGAAUUAGUGGUGAGUGGAAGUUGGUGACACCCAGGCUGUCCUAGCAGCUAUCACUGAGCUAUCUGUGGGCAGAGUGGAAGGGCGCUGGUCUGAAACACAGCAUAGAGCCCUGGGUUGGCAGCAGUGCUGUUGGGCUGGGGCGUUAGAACUGUAGGCGUGCCAGCGUUGCAACAAAGCAUCUGGCUUUGAGGAGAUUUUUAGCACAGAUGAGAUUUCUGACCUGAAUUCCAGGGCUGAAGGAAUGCUGGAAAUGUGGCCCUCGGGCUCCUGAAACAGCUGGCUUGGUGGGACUAGCCUGUGCUUAUUCAGAUUUGGUGACAGAAAGGAGGGAGGACGGAGGGGCUCUCACUGCUGCACGCAGCAGUGCUCACCCUGCUCUCAGAACAAAGCUGAGUUAUUUGGGCAUCCCGCAGGCAGGCCAGGCCCCGCACUUGGCAGGGCUGCAGCUGCACUGCCUGCUGCUGUGUGUGUGACCUGAGCUCUGGUCUCAAGUCUGAGGGAGCCGCCUUGGAGGUGCUGAGUCGAACGGCCCCAGAGAUGCUGCUCUGAGCCCUUGGAACUGCUUCCUGGUGGAGGCGGAGCAGGCGGCUGGCGCAGCCAGUGAGGGUCAGGGGAUGCUCCUUCACCGGCAGUGACAGGAAGAGGGAGGAAGCAGAGGGCCCUGCCGGGGAAUGUGACACCAAGAACCCCUCACCUGACCCGUUGUUUCUGCCUCUGCCUGCACACGAGGGUCUGGAGGUAAAGUGGGUGGGAUGAGAGAUGCAGGGGUGUGCUGGGGAUCGAGGGGGCGUUACUGGGGGUGUCACAGCCUGAAGACAAGAGGAAACAGAUGACGUUAUCGGCAGCCAAAAAGAUGGCUUCUCCAGGUACCCCAGGGACCCGUAUGACGACCACAGUCAGCAUCAACAUUUCCACACCGUCCUUUUACAACCCACAGAAGAAGUUUGCACCUGUGGUUGCUCCUAAACCCAAGGUGAAUCCCUUCAAGACUGGGGGUGCAUCGGAAUCAUCACUGCCACAGCCUCCUGGAGCUGGUGCCCAGCGUGCCCAGAUGGGGAGAGUGGGGGAGAUCCCCAUGUCUGUGACGGCAGAAGAGCUGCCGCUGCCACCUCCUCCCCCACCUGGAGAGGAUCUAAGCUUUUCCUCAAACUGUGCUUUUCCUCCACCCCCACCACCCUUUGAAGAGCCUUUUCCACCAGCCCCAGAUGAAGCUUUUCCUUCUCCUCCUCCGCCUCCUCCACCAAUGUUUGAUGAAGGACCUGCCUCACAGGUGCGUGGCAAGAUGAACAGCAUUGAUCUUGAGAUUGACUCACUGUCCUUAAUGUUGGAAGACAUGGAGAAGAAUGACCCCUUCAAAUCCCGGAUACCUCCAGGAUCCACAGGUUCUCUGGAGAAACCAUUGGCCCCAAAAGCUCAUGUGGAAAUCUCAUCUGCACCCAGAGAUCCUACUCCUCCUUUUCCUUCCAAGUUCACUCCAAAGCCAAGUGGUAGCUUAUCUUCCAAGCCUCCUGGAUUGGAUUCAACUCCUGCCCCAGCUCCAUGGGCAGCUCCACAGCAGCGCAAGGAGCCCCUAGCAUCAGUCCCUCCACCCCCUUCUCUCCCGUCUCAGCCUACUGCUAAAUUCAUACCACCCUCUGUUGCCAGUUCUCCUGGAUCCAAACCAGGUGCCACUGUUCCCGUGGCUCCUUCAAACUCUACAAGAUAUCCUACCUCCCUUCAGACUCAGUUCACUGCCCCUUCACCCUCAGGUCCCUUUUCUCGACCUCCGCCUCCCAAUUUCACCCAUGCUCAGCAGUGGGAAAGACCUCAGGUGCAGGAGAAACCUGUUCCCACUGAACCAUCUGCUGCUGCAAAAGACAUGCAUAGACCCAGUGCAAAUCCACCUAAGGGAAACUCUCCUCUGACCAUGAAGGAGGUAGAAGAGCUGGAGCUGUUGACUCAGAAACUAAUGAAGGAUAUGGACCAUCCACCUCCAGUAGAAGCUGCUACUUCUGAGCUCUGUGGCUUCUGUCGGAAGCCCUUGUCACGGACCCAGCCAGCUGUGAGAGCUCUGGACUGCCUUUUCCAUGUGGAAUGCUUCACCUGCUUCAAGUGUGAGAAGCAGCUGCAGGGGCAGCAGUUCUACAAUGUGGAUGAAAAGCCCUUCUGUGAGGACUGCUAUGCUGGAACUCUGGAAAAGUGCAGUGUCUGCAAAAAGACCAUUACAGACCGGAUGCUGAAGGCCACUGGUAACUCAUACCAUCCUCAGUGCUUCACCUGUGUGAUGUGCCAUACUCCUCUGGAGGGGGCCUCUUUCAUAGUGGACCAGGCCAACCAGCCUCACUGUGUGGAUGAUUACCACAGGAAGUAUGCUCCACGCUGCUCAGUAUGUAGUGAACCUAUCAUGCCAGAGCCUGGGAAAGAUGAGACAGUGCGUGUGGUGGCGCUGGAGAAAAACUUCCACAUGAAAUGUUACAAGUGUGAGGACUGUGGGAGGCCCUUAUCUAUUGAGGCUGAUGAAAAUGGCUGCUUUCCACUGGAUGGGCACGUACUAUGUAUGAAAUGUCACACUGUUCGUGCUAAAACAGCGUGCUGAGGAGCUUGGAGUGAACAUACCCUUCAAGACCCCUGCACUCAGUACUCUUUCCUUCCCCACCAUUGUCCUACCCCUCUGCCUGACAAGGCAGAUUGCUACCAGUGAAGACUCUGCCAGCGCAGUUGGUUAUUACCCAUGUAGGAUUCGCCACUUGUAGACUUCACUAUGAGCACCCACUAAGAAAGGACCUUUUCUCCCACCGCCACUUCCUGGCCAUACUGUAUUCCAGGCUGAGGACUGUGACUGAGGUGAGUGCAAAAUCUGUUUCCUCAAGACAAGAAGAAGGACCAAAUCUCCACCAUUGCCUGGUGGAAGUAGCAAGAAUGACCCAGUGGCAGCUGCUGAGAAAAGGCUGAGCAUUCUUCUGCUCCAUGAAGCCAAGAAAUGAUUUCACAUCAUAAGGUGGAAGCCGCCUCCAUCUCAGCACUGCUUCUGUCAUAGGUUUUCCCAUGCCACCUCAUUAUCAAGUUGUCUUCCCCUAAUGCCUUCAUCACUUCUGGGUAAGAGUGUGGAAGCAGAGUGUACUGGGAGCUUCUAUUCUAGUUGCUGGAAGAAGCUAACUUACUAUAGCUUUUCUGCUUCUAAUGGAUUUUAUUGGCUAACUGCCCUGUCAAUUUUUUUUUCUUCUUCCCUAGCCAGAUUAAACUGGCAGUGUUUGGUAUCCUACUCUGCUCCUGAAUUUGGACAGUUUAAUUUUUUUCUCUCUCUAAAAUGAAUUGCUUCCCAUUGUGGUUUCUGGACAGUCAGGGUGGGCAAGAAUAACAAAACAGUCCAAAGAAUGGCUGUCAUAAGCAUAUAGUGAGGAAGUGCCUCAGUGAGAGGAUGAGGACUCAGCACACUUAGGAGCUCUCAGUGUUCCAGCAAGAGUUCUUUCACAGCUGUCAGUAGGAGCUACAGUGUCACUGCAGUGUACUGUCUGACUGUGUUACUGCACUGAGCUCACUCCCUAGACUAGAAACUCUUAAGACAGGGCAAACCUUUUGAAUAACUACACUGUCCGACCACUGUUUGCAUCCAAUAAAAUUGUGAGUUUUUUUCCAUUCA